GAGAAGACAACCCGGACGAGAGGCGCAAUGACGGGCAGCAUCGAGGGAGUCGAGAGGUUCGAUAGCCCGGGAAAGGGACGAGGGCUCCGCGUAACCAGACCAUUUAAAGUUGGAGAGCUCCUGUUUUCCUGCCCUGCGUACUCCUACGUGCUGUCAGUGAAAGAGAGAGGCUGCUGCUGCGAGUUCUGCUUCACCAGGAAACAGGGGUUGGCAAAAUGUGGCAAAUGCAAGAAAGCCUUCUACUGCAAUGUGAAAUGCCAGAAAGGGGACUGGGCCAUGCACAAGCUGGAGUGUUCAGCAAUGAUUGCUUUUGGAGAGAACUGGGGCCCGUCAGAGAUAUCCCGCCUGGUGGCUCGAAUCCUUGCAAAGAAGAAAAUUCAGAAAGAACGAUGCCUUUCUGAGAAGAUGUUGCUCAUAGGAGAGAUACAAUCACACACAGAGGAUGAAGAUAAUGAGAAAAGAGAGAUGACCGAGGCAGACGUUGCUGGAUUGCAUCGCUUUUACUCCAAACAUUUGGAUGUGCCCGACCACAAAGAACUACUCACACUCUUCUCCCAGGUUGCCUGUAAUGGUUUCACAAUAGAGGAUGACGAACUUUCCCACUUGGGUACUGCAAUCUACCCAGACGUGGCACUGAUAAACCACAGUUGUCUUCCCAGCGUCAUAGUCACAUUCAACGGGACAUCGGCCGAAGUUCGGGCGGUUCAGGACAUGAAACCAGGAGAUGAAGUGCUCAUCAGCUACAUAGACCUCCUCUAUCCAACAGAUGACCGCAAUAACAGGCUGAGAGAGUCCUAUUACUUUACCUGCGACUGCCAGGAAUGUAAAAGCAAGUCCAAAGACAAGAUAAAGUUAAAAGUUCGUAAGCGCAGUGAUUCCAUUGAGCCAGAUGUCAUCAACAACAUGGUUCGCUACGCCAGGAAAACUAUCAGAGAGUUCCGGGCAAUCAAGCACAUAAAGACCCCUACUGAGUUGCUGGAGAUGUGUGAGCAGAGCCUGGAGGAAAUGGGAGCUGUCUUUGAUGACUCCAAUGUGUACAUGCUCCACAUGACAUACCAAGCCAUGGGGGUUUGCAUGUACAUGCAAGAUGCAGAUGGAGCUGUCAGAUAUGGCGAGAAGCUUCUCAGACCUUACAGCCAGCUGUAUCCACCUUACUCCCUCAAUGUGUCAUCCAUCUACCUGAAACUGGGCCGACUGUAUUUGGGCCUACAGAGGCAUUCAGCGGGCAUCAGCGCUCUCAAGAAGGCGAUGGCUAUAAUGGAGGUGGCUCAUGGGAAGGAUCACUUUUACAUUACAGAGUUGCGUAACCUGAUCGCACAAAAAUGAGGAGAACAGAGAAGUGUAACAAUCCUUAUUGACUGCAUACACUCCUUAUUUAGGCGCUUCUCAGAACUUUAGGCACUGUUUUAUGCAAAUAAUUUAUUAUUGGAUUUUUAGAGUAUGGCUUCAUUGUUACGUAUGCAACAACCUAUCAGUUAGAUACUUUUGUGACAAGCAUUUAUUGUGGAAUCUGCAAAGAAAUCUGACUUUGUGAAAUCAUGUAAAUAACUUUGAUUUUGAUUUGGCUUAAGACUACAGCUGGUCCCUGUAAAUAGAGAGUUUAGUUGUUUACAGAUGUAUGUACACAGGAGGAUUCAUGCAAGCAAAAUUCCUGUCCAAUCAGGAGAGCUGCAUAACCAUAAAUAAGAUGAACAUGCCA